ACAGCUGAAUACAACAACUUUGUUACCAAACGCAUUCAACGAAAACCUUCAAAUAAUCACCAUCUCCAAAACUUCCUGAUUCUGCUGAACCAUGUCUGACGAUGAGGGUAUGGGUGAUGGCGGGUUCUCGCCUACCUACGACGAUAACGAGGGCGACUAUGAUGCCGCGGAGCCAGAGGAUCCAUAUGAGGAGAACAAUGUGGUGGAUGAUGUGAAUGCCAGUCAAAACCCUGAUCAGCUUCUAGCCACUGGGGACAAUGGGAUGGGAAUCAUCUCAUCGGGCUCGGGCGAUCCAUCAGCAAAAGCCAAUCGAUCACACAAAGACAAGGCGCCAAAGGAUAAGAAGAUACCUAACGACCAGCGGACGACCACGCCCUAUAUGACCAAGUACGAGAGAGCCAGAAUCCUGGGUACUCGGGCAUUGCAGAUCAGUAUGAAUGCGCCAGUGUUAGUUGAUCUGGAGGGAGAGACGGAUCCCCUGCAGAUUGCUAUCAAGGAGUUGAGAGAGAAGAAGAUCCCGCUGAUCGUACGGAGAUAUAUGCCCGAUGGCAUGUACGAAGACUGGACGUGCGAGGAGCUUCUUCAGUAGUGGGCUUUAAGGGAUUUCAAGGUUGGCUGGUGGUUGAGGUGAAGGCCUCGGGGUAUGAGGCUUCAUUUCUGCAUUGCAUUGGGCCGGAUAUGGCGUAAAAAUGGCGUUUAGCAGGCUGAUAUCUGGAUGGAGGAGGAAAGUGCUUCUAAGAAUAGCAGAGAAGUCCUUACAGAGCUGUGGUUGUGGGUGUUAUCCUCGUCUUUGCCCGCCUCACUCUUUUCAAACUCAAGUAAAGUGUUCCAAAAAUCUAAGCACCGAUUUCAUGGAAAGGGAGGAGGAAAUUGCCAGAGUACACGAUCCCGAAAGUCACCACAUGAUGCCGGGAGAUCUCCGAAGCAACCAGUGCCUAACCCGGAUGCGAAAGUCCACGGCUCGCUCCAGCUCCCAACCAAGCGGGGCAUUGAGGGGUCGUAAGCCUAAAACGUACCGUCAUGAGUGAAAGAGCUUCACAACUGUAAAC